AAAGUAUGGACAAACAGACAUGGCCGCUGUAGCGGCGUAAACAAGUUUUGCGGCGGCCGUAUGGCAACAGCGGCCAAACCGGACCACCUCAACCGGGCUCGGGCCUGUCUGUGCGUCCUCUGCGGUCUACCUGCUGCGGGGAAGUCCUCGCUAUCCCGCAGGGUCUGUCUCGCCGCGAGACGGCGCGGGUGGAGAACCACUGUGAUUCCGUACGACGAGCUGAUCCCAGGUCAGGCUUUUAACGCCAGAGCGACAGACGAGGACACUACGUCACAACAGGCGCGCACGGAGUGGAAGCUCCACCGAAAUGCUGUGUUGCAGUGCAUCGAGGAGUUCCUGGAUAAACAGGAAAUGCCGCUCAAGCUUCCGGGCGGCAGCAGCAUCGACGGGCCCGCAUGGGAGCGCUGCGCCCGUGCCCUGCUGACGUCGCCUUUCGGCCCUGCCCGGGCUGACGCGGCGCCACUUUUGUUUCUGCUGGAUGACAACUUCUACUAUCCAAGCAUGAGAUAUGAAGUCUUCCAGCUGGCUAGAAAGUAUUCACUGGGUUUUUGCCAGGUGUACGCACAGUGUCGCUUGGAACUGUGCAUUAGCCGGAAUGACAACCGGCCUUGUCCCGUGCCCGCUGGCGUGAUCGAGGAGAUGGCGAAGCGUCAAGAGUGUCCGAAUCCGAGAAAAAACCAGUGGGAGGCAAAGAGCAUCACAGUGGACACUGCAGAUAACUUGUCGGAGUGCGAUAUUCAAAAAGUGAUGGAGUUAAUCUCAUAUGCACUCAGCGACCCACUGAGCCCAGUCGACGACGACAGAGAACAAAAGGAGGCCGACCGCCAAAGAUGCGCUGCCAGCGUGAUUCACCAGGCUGACCAGGCCUGUCGCCGUCUCAUCUCAGAGGCCAUGAAGAAAGCCAGAGAAACUGGCGUAUCCUCUCAAGACAUGAGGUCCUUGGCCACUCAUCUGAACGAAUCCAAAGCGCAAUUCCUCCAAAAGCUGCGCGGACAAUUUCUUCAAGACGGGAAUUUUAGUCAAGGAGAGGAUGUCGAUGUGGAUCAUGUUGUGAAGAUGGCGGUCGCACGUUUUGACAGUGAGAGUCAUGAAAUCCUGUUCAAAAUAAUCCAGAAUCAUUCAAAUUUUUAGCCAGCGGGUUUGUUGAAAAAUGCCUUUAUUGUAUUAAAGCGUGCCUGUGAACAUUCUCAUUCA